ACAACCGCCAUCAUCACCCGUGUUCUCUAUGGCCAAAUUCACGACUUUACAACAAGAAAGGGAGAGGUCCACAAGCUACGAGACCGAAGACGACGCAGAAGAGGAGGAGCAGGAUCAGCUGGAGGAUGAGUCAGACGAUGACAAUCCAUUUGAAUUCAAGAUUCGAGGAGCUGUACUUCCACCUACCGCGGAUAAUUGCAAAAUGCAGGAGCUGUAUCGAAUGAUACACGAAGGAAUGAUUGAUCUGUGCCCGCCGUACCAACGAGAACCUGUUUGGCCCGCAGCAAAGCAGACCAAGCUGAUUGAUUCAAUAUUCCGAAACUUCUACAUACCUCCAUUGGUGUUUGCUGUGAAGUACUCCGAAGAGCUCGAGGGAAACAUCUGGGUCUGUGUUGACGGGAAGCAGCGUCUAACGUCCAUCAUGAGGUUUAUGGAUGGUUCAAUUCCUCACAAGGACCCCAAGACGGGCAAAUCAUGGUAUUACACAACACCUGACAUUCCAAACUCGAGGGGCCGUUUGCAAAUCCCUUUACCGUUCAAGGAAUCGUUUGACAACAGGUCCCUAAUAUGUGUGCAAUACCAAGAUCUUACUUCCACUAACGAGCGGCAGAUAUUCCAGAGGGUGCAACUGGGAGUGGCUCUACAAGCUGGAGAGAAACUCAAGGCAAUAUCAUCACCUCGUGCGGAGUGGAUUGGCUUGCUUGUACAGCAAUACAUUGAAAUUGAAGGAGGCCUUCAAGAGGCUAUCACGUUUGAUACGACGCGCGGUCGGGACUUCCAAAACUUGGCUUCAAUGGUAUACUGUUGCGAGGGCAUCCGAGGCAACGAAGAGCGUUUCCCUUCCGCAGUUACCCUCGAAAACUGGCUGACUGCAGAGGAUGCACCCACCAAACAAUUCAAGAGGGAGAUCAAUGGUGUGCUAGACGACCUAUUGGCGAUCGCGUCCGAUUCCAGGUACAAUAAGGACCUCGCUUCUCUCCAGAAAGCCAAGAGGUUCGCUCCAGUCGAGUUUGUCUUCAUUGGCGUUCUGCUUUUCCAGCUCGUGAAUGAGUCACGGGCAUCAAUGGCGAAAGCUGUACACCAGAUGGUCAGCACUAUCCGCAAAGACUAUAUCGACGUCCGGAUGAAUUCAAAGGUCUGCAAAACCCUGUGGAAAUACGUUGAUCAACUAUCGAAGAAUCCAGAAAAGGAGCUACCAGGACUUGCAGGUUCGUCGAAGAAGAAGCCAUCUACUGGCAACAAGAAGCGGAGGAUAGACGAGGACGAGGAUGAGGAAACCAUUGGAGCAUCUAGUCACGCGAGGCCAAAGAAGGCGGCCAAGAAAUCAGCUGGCAGGACUUAG